AUGUCGUCACUUUUGGUAGUGAAAUUUGUGUCACGUGAAGAGAAGCCCUCGUUGCAGAGUUUUUCUACUGGGUUCGAAAAUAAUUGCCGCUCGUCACGAAACGAUACUGCUAUGGAUGUCAAUCAAAUCCGAAGGUAUCAUGUGCAGCGUAAACGACUUUAUCGAACAGCGACAGCAAUGAAAGUUUCCCGACUUUUACUGGCACUUGCUAGCUUCCUUACAAGUUGGCCAUGCACGGGGGCGUUUCAACCGAGGCGUCCUCCUUUCGCAAAGUCAGUCCAUGUUUCAUCUAACUCUGCACGCAAAACAAUCCGGGAUCGGAUAGCGCGGCGUGCCAUUGCAAGAAACAUUGCAACGCGUCCAAAAACAUAUACCUCAAGACCAAAAACUGCACUCCUUGCUGUUCCCGCUAUUUCUGUGCCCGCUCCGGGAACGUUCUACAUGAUAUUGUUGGCCGUGCAAUUUGCCAGUCAACCAUUGCUCACCAAGCGCUACGCACCUCCCACCAUCAUUAGAAGUACCUACGUACUCGCCCAAGACCUCUUUCGGAUGUUCACUUGUGUUACGCUAUUGAUUAUUACGGGGAGCUGGCAUUCCGCGACCGCUUCAUGGAAGUGGUCGUCGGCAGCUGUAGCGGCGGGUCUCCCCGCCCUGUUGUACGCCGUCCAAAACUACUGCAGUUUGGUGGCCUACCAAAAUUUGCCCCCAAUCACGUACAACGUCCUGAAUCAAACCAAAACACUAUCGGCAGCGGUAUGUUGCUACUUUUUGUUGCGUCAAAGACAAUCUCCGUACCAAAUCGUUGCCCUGGGAGUUUUGCUGGUGGCAGCGCUCGUAAUGGAAUCCAUCCUACCUUUGCCAGGGAUCGGCAAGCCCCAAGAUCCUACGUUGGCCGGUACCGCUACCGAAAAGCACAAGGAUCAUACCGCCAGCAUUGAUACAGACCAGAAAGGAGUGCACUGGGCAUCCGGAGUCUUGCCGGUGUUGGCUGCCAGUGGCAUUUCGGGUUUGGCUGGGGCCUUGGCCCAAAAAUCACUGCAAGUACAGGAGCGCAACUCGUUUUUGUUCUCGGGUGAGCUUGCGGCAAUUAGCGCUGUCAGUCUGCUGAUCAGCUCCUUGCUAGGAUCCCCCGACGGGCGGCGGAUUCGAAAAGAGGGCUGGACUAAAGGAUGGACGUGGCAAACAUGGAUUCCGUUGGCCACAAACGCGGCGGGGGGUAUCUUAGUCGGAUUAGUGACCAAGCACGCUGGCAGCGUGCGGAAGGGCUUUGCCCUCAUUAUUGGCAUGUUUCUGAGUGGUGUACUCCAGAAUGUUGUAGGCAGUGAACGUCAAGUCACGAGCCAGCAAUGGGCUGGUGGAUCCUUGGCGGCACUCUCGCUGUGGCUCUAUACAGCGUAUCCAAUGGUCUAA